AUGGAGGAGAAUGACCCAAACCCCGGUGAAGCGGUGGCUGCGGUGGCUGCGGUGGAGGGGCAGCGGCAGCCGGAAUCCAGCACGAGUGGCAGUUCUGGCAGUGGCGGUGGCGGCAGCAGCAGCCCCAGCGACUCAGACACCGGCCGCCGGCGGGCUCUAAUCUUGCCCGUGGUCCUACAGGCGCCGGGCAACCACCAGCACCCUCACCGCAUCACCAACUUCUUCAUCGACAACAUCUUGCGGCCCGAGUUCGGCCGGAGGAAGGACACCGGGACUUGCUGUCCGGGCGGCGGUGGAGGCCGAGGAGGCGGAGGAGAGGAAGGAGGAGGAGGUGGCGGCGCCGAGGGAGGCGGUGUUGCCGGCGGCGCCGAGCAGCUCCUGCGGUCUGGGGGCCGGGAGUCCCGGCACAACCCCACUACUGCGCCCGGGGCAGGCGGACCGCUGCCUGGAGGCGGGAGCGACUCUCUUGGGGAUGGCGAAGGCGGAUCCAAGGCGCUCUCGCUGCACGGCGGGGCCAAGAAAGGCGGCGAUCCCGGGGGCCCGGUUGACGGAGCACUCAAGCCCCGCGGUUUGGGUGGCGGCGACCUGUCGGUGAGCUCAGACUCGGACAGCUCGCAAGCCAGUGCCAACCUGGGCACUCAACCCAUGCUCUGGCCAGCUUGGGUCUACUGCACGCGCUACUCCGACAGGCCUUCUUCAGGUCCCCGGUCUCGCAAACCAAAGAAGAAGAACCCGAACAAAGAGGACAAGCGGCCACGCACAGCCUUCACUGCAGAGCAGCUGCAGAGGCUCAAGGCUGAGUUCCAGACCAACAGGUAUCUGACCGAGCAGCGGCGGCAGAGCCUGGCGCAGGAGCUUAGCCUCAAUGAGUCACAAAUCAAGAUUUGGUUCCAGAACAAGCGUGCCAAGAUCAAGAAGGCCACAGGAAACAAGAACACGCUGGCUGUGCACCUCAUGGCACAAGGCUUGUACAACCACUCCACCACAGCCAAGGAGGGCAAGUCGGACAGCGAAUAG